AUGACUUUAUUAAAUAUAUACCUUGAUCGCAAUGUCCCUAUUUGGUUGUUAUGGACUCUUUGGAAGAGUAGGAACCUUCUUAUUUUCCAAAAUAAAGUUUCGACAUGGCAAUCUGACUUGUCCAAAGCAGUUCUAGAGACACAAGAUUGGAUAUCGGUUUGGCCAGAGAGAGUUUCGUGUUCAAUAGCCAGAGGAAUUCAACAACAAACUUCAGAAUGGUCUCGACCUCGCAAUGGUUUUAUAAAAUGCAACUACGAUUGUUCUUUUACAUCUCAUAACGGUAACGCAACUUCAGGGUGGAUCACACGGGAUUUCAAAGGUUUUAUUCACACUGCAGGUUAUAGUUCGGGUAAUGUUUGUUCAUCAGUUUUAGAGGCUGAACUUCAAAGUCUUCUCAUAGCAAUGCAACAAACAUGGAUCAAAGGCUACAAACAUGUCAUCUUUGAAGGCGACAACAAGUUAGUUCACAAUCUUCUAGAAGGCAAGACAAUGCAUUUUGGGAUGCAUAACUGGAUUCGAGAAAUCAAAUACUGGAGUAAACGUUUUGAAGAAGUGGAGUUCAAAUGGACUAAAAGACACAACAAUAAAGCAGCGGAUCGUUUAGCAAAGGAGCCAACAGAUACUAUACCUUUUAUGACUUAUUUUUACAUUCCUGCUUUCAUUGUAAACAUCCUCCAUGAGGAUAAUCUUACAAGUUCUUAA